AUGCCUGCUGCUGAUUCUCACAGGUGUCCUGCAUUUGUUUGUGUUCUUGCCGGCAUUUCCAAGGCCAAGGCGAAGGACUUAUACUUGACUUGCUUCCUUUUCUUGAGAAGCAGUACAAAACGGCCAAAAGAAAGACGUGGGCUUUUCAUUAUUCUUGCUUGGAUUGCUUGAAAGAGCUUGCUCUUUCUUCCUGGGAGUGGUUGCCUGCAUUCAGACUUUGCGGUUUUCGGUGUCGCUUUCGCAGAGGCGGUAACUUGUUUCUCGCUUCCAUUCUGCCCUGGAGCUCAAGGCACUGGUGUUCUAAGUCGAGCCAAGAAAGAAUUAUAUGAUUCUUGUUCUGCUUUACCUGAUUUAACCACCUCGAAGGGUGUCACCAACCAUGUCGCUCCUACCGAAGCUGCGCUUGGUCACCGUGGAUGUGACGGGCACCCUGAUAGCUUACAGAGGCCAGCUUGGAGAUUACUACUGCAUGGCGGCCAAGUCUGCAGGGAUGCCAUGCCCCGACUACAAGCGCAUGCACGAAGGCUUCAAGGAAGCAUACACCGAGAUGGCAAGGAAACACCCGUGCUUUGGCCAUGCGUCCAGCAUGCCCAAUGCCGACUGGUGGAAGAUGUGUGUCAAGGACUCCUUUAUCAGGGCUGGCUAUGAUUACGAUGACGAUACAUUUGAGAAGAUAUUCAGGCGGAUUUAUGCCGCGUUCGGUUCCUCCGCGCCGUACUCGGUGUUCCCUGACGCACAACACUUCAUGAGAUGGCUGAGGAAUAAGGGCCUCGUUGUCGGAAUUGUCAGUAACGCAGAGCACCGUUACAGAGACGUCGUCUUGCCUGCGCUGGGCCUGAAUCAGGGAUCGGAGUGGGAUUUCGGGGUGUUCUCGGGCAUCGUCGGCGUCGAGAAACCUGACCCGAGGAUCUACGAGAUGGCGCUGGAGGCGGCCGGGAGCGUGGCGCCGGAGGAGGCGCUCCACAUCGGCGACAGCAUGCGCAAGGACUACGCCCCGGCACGGAGCAUCGGGAUGCACGCGCUGCUGCUGGACAGGUUCAAGACCGCGGACGCCGGGCGCUGGCGACAGUCCGGCGCGCCGGUGCUCCCCGACCUCGCCGCCGCGCAGGAGUGGCUCACCAGAGGUCCCGAGGAGGGAGAGGAACCCGUAACAACCGGGAAGAAUGUCUGAAGAAAUGGCGGGGAACAUGCUGCAUUUGAAGUGCUCUGGCCUGACUGCAAUUGCCAUUCCUUCUGCUGCUGUGAGUAGUCACCCGUGGAACCAUGCCGCGUUCUUCGUCCCGGGAUCGUCGUCCUCGUUCCGAGAACGUGGGAAUAAUCUGAUUCCCACCUUGUCAAAACCUUUCACAUGAUCGUUCCUCGAUCAUGUUCCUCGAUCCCAUCCACCUGAGAAUUUGGUGACUUGCUGUGACAGCAUGGAAUGCAGGGAGCCAUGGAAAUGGUUUUUGGCUGGUGUAAUUAGUUAGCUUUUUAUCUCUCGUCUGGUGAUCUCUGGUGCCGAUGCCGAUUGCUGUAGUGCAAUCAAGAUGAGCAUUUCACGCAGAGUGAACCUGCAGUGAGCGGUGCAGAGAUGAAUUGGGUUCCAUCCCUUGUGCUUCCAGUUUGCAACCAUUGGCCGAAUUUGGAACGAGAGAUUCCUGUGGGAAUGACACUAUUUUCGGGCGAUUAUCGUGUAAAGUUCCUAUAAAAUUCAUAUAUA